AUGGGCCCCUGUACCGCCUCCUCAUGCUGCUGCCAGGCCCGUAAUCUGCCAUGGGCCCCCGUACCCCCUCCUCAUGCUGCUGCCAGGCCCGUAAUCUGCCAUGGGCCCCUGUACCGCCUCCUCAUGCUGCUGCCAGGUCCAGAGUGUGUCAUGGGUCCCUGUACGGCCUCCCAUUGCUGCUGUCUCCAUCGCCACACUCUGCCAUGUGCCACUUUCAGGUCUCCUCACACUGCUGGUGGGUUCCAUUUUUGUCAUAGGGUGCUGUAUGGCCUCCCAUUGCUGCUGCCUCCACCGCCACACUGUGGCUCCACACUCUGGUUUUGGCCCCGUGACUGCCCAAAUGAGUGAAGUGUGCGGUGAUUCUAAGAUCGACGGCACUCAUCUGCAUGUCAUACUGACUGACAGUAUUAUUUCUCUUCCCCAGCAGACUCCAAGGGCAUUUAAAUUAAAGGUACAGUGUUCUGCACUAAUAUGA